GUGUGUUGGAUUUACAGUGAGAUUAGCGUUCGAUUUGUUAAACAUUUAAUCAUGGCUAUGCAAGUUGGUUCACACAGAUUCGAGGGUGAAAGAGAAAGCAUUUAUAAUUUGAUUCCAAAAAUUCAAGAAAGGCCUCCUAAGCCGACGAUGUGAGUGACUAUUUUCCAGUUUUCCAAUCGACUGUACAUCGAUUUUCAUCGGUGACAUGUCUCUCCAUCUUUUACUAACUAUCUUUAUUUUUACAAUGUACCUAAGACUAACAUUUUCAAACGUUUUUCCGACAGGUAUCGCUCCAAUUUCUCCACCAAUGUGCGACAAGAGGUCAAGACGAACAAGCAGAGCUCGAAAACGAUGGUGAGUUAUAAACUUAAGCUUUUGCUUUGAGUUGCGUUUGUUGUUAUGAGAAUAAACAAAUUGGGCAAAAGAAUGUUAAUCGUGCUCAAUAUUUUUUUGCUUUGUUAAGAAUAAAGUUCCUUUCUUUUAGGGGCCACCGAAAGUUGCGCUUACGGGGCCGAAAGAGUUUUUGGCGAAGCAUUCGAAGGAACCUAGGUUACCAGAAAGUAAGCAUACACCGUUCACUUUAGUACUCAAGCUAAUUUAUGAUAGUAGUUUGUUGCUUUGAUUCGAGCUUUAGCUUGUAUUUCGCUACAUGUAUUUCGGUUUUAGCUUGAGAAGGAACAAUUUGGAGACAAAUUAUCCAAACAAUUUUGUGUUCCUCUUUGAAAAGGCUACUUGGCUUGUGUAUUAUUCAAAAGUCGUGCUUAGCGUUUUUGGGUAUGGUACACAUCGAUGCGAUACAAGCUAGACAGCCCUUAAGUUAAUGUAUACACGGAGGAGAGUAAGACCUCUGCCUUAUUUUGGCCGUAGCACAAGUAGAGUUGGAUUAUUGCAAAAUUCUUUUUUUUUUAAAUCUGUGCCUGCGGUUGUGAACAACAAGAAGCUUAUUGUAUAUAGUUACACAACAGAAUGCUAAUUAGAUUAUAAUUUUUAUUUGUUAGAGACUGGUUUCAAGUAUCCGGACCACGAUACCAGACGCCCUCCUGUUCCAAAACAUGAUGAAAAACCUCUUAUGGGGCUACGUUCAAACAAAGACCACAUCAAGACAAAUGCUGUGGAAAAUAUCAUGUCUGUACCAAGGAAACCAGAGAAAAAAUUUGCUGACACUCGAGCAGGUGCAACGCACCCACUUGAUCCGUCAGGAUUGACACCUAAGUAUGUCAACAAGAAAGAUUUUGGCAAAACUCCGGCCUAUUUAGAGAGAAGGAAAGCUGAAGUAGAAAGAGCCCAGAAGGAAUAUGAUGCCUAUGUUCAAGAACGAUUUAGGCAAGGUGCCAUGAAGAGCUUAACAGAAAACGAAAGGUAACGGAGAAUUUUACAGUUGACAUUUGCUUUUGCCCAUCAAAGUUGUAAAGACCAGUUUGUUGUGAGAGUGUUGAAAAGAAGCAAAUUUUAAUUGGUGUUAGUUUUUCUCACAGAAUAGUAAUGCAGAUAUAAUAAUAAUAAUNUCUCACUAUUAACCACGUAAUGGUUGGCUCAACUGGUUAAGAGGUGGAUGAGUAACAUACUCUGGUUUGAUCUGCCCUGCUGGACAAACACUUGCAGGGUUAAUUGCUGCCUUUGCUAGGAUAUCUGUGAAUGGUUAGAUUUUCUAUUCUUCACUCCCCAUCAACUUUAAUGAUAGUAAUAAAAAGACAAUGUGCAUGUAUUAUCCAUCACCCUGGCUGUUGUUUCAGGAAAUAUCAGGGUACAAAGAAAGCCAGUGUUACAGCUUGCCUUUUCAGCAAGAUGUCAUAGCAUAUACUAGCCCAGGAGUCUUUUCAACUAGCCCCAAAAACUAUUUGAUGAGCAGUAUUGAUUACACAGAUUUUCUGUACUUUAAGUUACUCAAAAAAACUUAAGGAAGUUAAGAAAAAAAUUCUAGCCCAUGGCAAAAUUAACUAGUGCCAAGCUAUGCACUGCUUUCCUUGCACACUGAAUAUCAAAGCACUUUUUUAUGCCAUAUUUUAUAAUUUUUUUUCCAAAGAAAACCUCUUAGAUGUUUUCUUAAGCAGUUGUUAUUUUAUUAUCCCCCUACAGACAAGGAAUACUUGAUGGACUAAAAAAGAAUUGGGAAGAACUACAUCACCAAUACCAAGGCCUAUCAGUGGUUACAGACACAGCACCCAAGAAAGCACGCAAAGAACGAAUGGAAGCUGAAAUGAAACAACUAGAAAGAGACAUUGAAACUGUUGAAAAACACAAAGUUAUAUACAUUGCAAAUCCUUUCUAGACAGAAUACUUAAUUUGUUUUAUUAGAUGCUCCUACUCAGUAUGUUUUUUCUUGAUUCCCUCCAAGGCUUAUAAUAUUCUGCAGUUUGAUUCGGAAAGUUAUGUUUAUCUAAUUAAAAUCAGGUUAAUCUGCAAGCAUUAAAAAAGAAAGUUGAGAAAGUUGCCCUCUGAUGCAACAUUAAUUUGUAAAUAAUAUUGUACAAAGUAUUUUAUUAAAAAUUCUCUGAAUGAAAAUAGUGUCUCUUUUGUGUUUUAUGGAAAAGCAAUACAGUCAACUCUGUUAAAAGCAGGCAUUGUGAAAUGAACCAGAAAAGCUAAAAUGCACCCAAUUUGGCAUUCCCUGGUUAGUUACAGGUGACCCAAGCUCAUGUUAUGAGGGUGG